CAUUAAUUUUCGAAUUGCCAAACUUUUAGCCAGCACCGGCAAGGCUAAAAAUAGUGAAAAAGAAUUACUUUCCAUUGUCAAAGUAUUACAAGAAUUAAUUAAAGGGAUUAACGGGCAAAGUAAAGAAAACCACAAUGAAUAUUUAGCCCAAAAAAAAGCCGAAGUUAACUGUAUUUUACAAACCACGAAACAAAAAAUUAUGACCCAAAUAGCAGUUGAACAAAAUGAGGAAACUCCAAAUAAAAAUCCUCUUUUAGAAUUGCUUUAUACUUUAAAAAUUAUCCUUGAAAUGAAACAAAAGAAUUUGGAUUUUCAAAUUGGCUUAGACUUUAACCAGUCAGAAAUAAAAAAUUUCCAAAUAAGCGAAGGAAAAAUUUUAAUUCCUUUUUCCGCUAUUACCGGUAUUGGCGAAGUAAUUGCUAAAAAAAUUACUGAUUAUCGUCAACAAAAAGGACAAAUUAAUAAUUGA